AUGGUGAACAUCUUCAGCUUUGUACCAGAACAUCCUCAAAAUGAUUUAAGUGGGACUGUCAAGAACGCAAAUAAACUCCAGUUUUCAACGAGGAUCACGCCAUACGCCGCUUUCUUUCAACAAUGUAAAGCGGUUAGAGAUAGAACUAAAAAUCAAGAAAUCAAAUCUUUAACUGAGAAAGUGGAGUUCAUGAUUUCAACUCUAACCCCAACUUUCGAAUCUUGGGGUGAUUGGCUUAAACGUCAUCGAGACACAGUCAAUGAAUUUAUCCAAGUAGCGUAUCAGGCCUUUGAUUCUGAUAUGAGUCCCAAUCACAAGGAAAGGAUUUGGAUUGUUGGCAUUUUAUCUGCGAUUUCAACUCAUAUGCCGCCAGAUCAUAAGACAAAGAUGACAAUAGAAGAAAAAAUCGGGAAGAUUCCUUGGACUAAUCAAGUGAUUUUAGAGAUACAAGCUACUAAAGCCUUUGAACCAUUGAUGACAAAACAAUUUGAGUCGCUUUGGCUAAGACAUGAACAUAUUUCAGCAGAUGAAGGUAGCAAAGACGCAGAGGAGCUACUUGAAAGGUCCGAUAUGUUUGGGUUUUUCGAUACAGCGAAGGAAGAACUGAUUCCCUGUCGACUGACAACUAUAUAUAAGCUGAUCUCGAAGCACCUAAUGAAAAGCAAACUUCCUGAGGAUGUCAAUGAAAUAUUAGAGCUUAUACAUGAUUUAAAAGACUUCUUUAAGACAACUUAUCUUCCCGAAUGGGAAGGAAGAUAUUGCGAGGCAAUUCUACGACAUAUACUAAAACAUUCAUCUCAGACCCAAAACCUCUUUAGUAACCUUCUUCAGGAUUAUGAGUUUUUUAGACAAAUCCAUUUCCCAUUUGCAAAGAAGGACAUGAUCGAAUAUCUACAAGAAGAGAUUGGAAUGAAUGUUGUGGAAGGAUACAUAACUAACAUAAAGGGUUGGAAGGAGGAUGUUAAUUCACGCGGAGUUUCUGCAGAUGCACAAUCCGUAUAUGAAGACCCCUUUUAUGUUCAGGAGGCUGUGCGCCACUGGGCAGUAACCAAGAUGAAGCAUGCAGAAGAACCAAAUAUCUUGGAACUAGGGAAAUACCUUGACAGCUGGCCAGAUGACAACAAGGGGGACUCAGUAUCCAAGAGCUAUGAGAAAGUUGUUGAAACUUUGACAACUUUACAAAACACCAAAACAUCCAAUGAGGUUUAUGAAAUGAGUCUUGAAUUCAUUUACAAUCUGGUAGGUUUUAAGAGUGGAGGUGCAAGUGAGUUUGUGCACAUGAUGAAAGCCUCUAGAGAUUUCAGAACAAUCAUCCAGAAAGCUGUCAAGAAAGUCAAAAGGAUGAGGAAAAUUCCUCCUCUGGUAGACAGAACUCUCCCUGUGUCAGCUUCAGGGUUCAAUCACUUUCUACAAAUACUUGGUGAUAUUUUGGACAAUGAUCAACUCAAUCAAGAACAGAAGGAUGUGUCGAUUGAACAGGUGACAAAACAAUUAAAAUUUAAAUCACAUGAUUUUCAUUUGAUAAUUGGUGGCCAGCCUGUCAGUUUCCACUUCAAGGAACAUGAUGUGAAAGAAGGGAAAAAACAAUUAUCAUCAAUCUGGGUUUGA